GACGAUGACGAGAGAAGACUAUAUCAAUGUGCAAGGAAGUACGAGCAGAUUGUAAAUCAAGUAAGUUGAUGUCCAUCCCAGAAAACCUUUAAGAGCUUCUUUCUCUUCUCCCUCAGUUUUUUUUUUUUUUUUACUUUGCUUCGGUAACAAGAAACUGAAAGUGGGUGGCUCCCCUGUGUUUUCCUUUUCGGUUUGACGUGCUGGUUGAGAUGAUGACCACCCGAUCCAGGCCCCCCAAGCGACGUAGAUUAACAUCUGUGAGCCUCAAUCGCUUUCGUUUCAUUCACCUCUACCUUUCAGAACUGACUACUGAGCUGCCUUCCUUUCCUUGUGAUGAAUGCAUGCCUGGUUUUGUGUAUACAGGGUUCCAAAGCAAGUAAGGACUCUGCUGCGCAUCUUCCUUCUUAUGAAGCUGCGGGCAACGACGGUGAAGUGUUCGUGGAGUCCAUAACCAAGUUUCUCCAGGAAUUAAGCGCGGAAUCUGCAGCUGAAACAGACUCCUCAUCCAGCGCUAGCUUGCUCUAAUCCAUUGCCCGCUGUUAUUUGCAAGCGCAGGCAUGGAGAUAACAUGGAUAAUGUAAAUGAAUUCACUCAUCUAUCAGCGACAAUGGAAAAAAUAUAUAUCAGUUAGGUUUUGCAGCAAACCUUGGUUCCUUACACAGACAAACAGCAAAAAUUCCACCUAGGGGAAUGACUACCAUGCAGCAAACCUUAGUGUUCUCCACGCAGAGCCACCCAAGUAAACAGAAUUUACUCGAGAACUGAUUUACAUUCUCUGGAGUAGAAUAGGGCAACAUAAAUGUAUUCAAAAUGGACCAAAUCUUCUGUUUCGUUGAGGUAGAUCUUAUAGAUGGGGAAAGGGGGGAAACAUCCCACAAAAUACAAAGAACAAAGAUUGUUCCGAUUGCCCAUUUACAUCUCUCUCCGCUGGCCAGUUUAGUACCAUGUAAGCCGUAUCCCCAAGAACAACUACUCAUUCACAAAGAGCUAGAUUUUAGCAAAGUAAUUACACAACAUUGUCAUGCUAAAAGCGCUGCUAUGACCAUUUGACUAUAGUCUUGUGUAUCUCGAGCGACCACAUUUUGAUUUGCUUGCGGCCAGCUCCUUUUUCAGUAAUUCCAUACGUUCAAUCAAGGCCAUGUUUUCCUGUAAAGGAACAGAGAAGUCAAACCACAUAGAGAAUUUCACCGAUUCAGACAUUAAACAACCAGAAACUCAAGCUAUUGAGGAAGACGUCAUGAAGAGUAGUUCAUGUUAGAUGUAAAUAAGAGAUGUUUCCUUCCCUAUACACUGUUGAACUAUAUAUCUCAAAUAAUCCAGGUAAUUUAACUUCAACGCAGCCAUUCAGAAGUGAUCUCCAAAUUCAUUUUUCAAGCUCACCUUCUGUAGCACUGCCAACUGCUGGUUUACACUAGCUGCAUCGUCCACCUUCUGCUUGAUCUGGCAUAAGAUUCACAAACAAAAUAUUCAGUGAACACGAAUGCUUCAAGUUUCAGCCCUUCCAGAUUUAGCUGGGGCAAACUCACAAUUGAUUGUGACAAAAGCACAACAUAAAACAGCAAAUGUGACUAUCUCGUCACAAUCUUCUGCCCAACCACAACCUGAAUCAAACUUCUCUUCUACAUAUAGGAAGCAACAUGAAAAGACGACAUCCUAACCACCUUAAAAAACACCAACUUUAAGUAAAUAUUAAAAGAUUCAGGUUAUGAAGGGAACCUCUAUCAAUUCCUUGUCACACUUGGCUGCCCUCUCUGCCUCUUCAUCAUACUUCAUCCUCCACUCAGCAGAUUCGUCCAUGGCUUCUCUAUUGGCCAGAUCGAAUUGUCUUCUGCAGAAUCCCAAUGUUAUCAAGCAAAGCAAUCAAGUCAUCAUAAACAGGAACGAGCCACUACAUAUAAAUGCUGCUACCCACGUAGCAGUUUAAUCCACCAACAAAGACACAGAGAAGAAGAGGUCCUGAUGGAAAAUGCUGAUCAGAAAUCAGUCAGCUUUUCUCACUGCAGACAAUGUGCUACCUAUACAGACUUGGAAAUUAGAAUCGAUCAAAUGAAGGUUAAUAAGCCUGCACUAGAGCUCACAAGCGAACUGAUUUCAGAUCUAACCUCUGAAGGUUUUCACAAGACAAGCUAAAUUUAGGAUUUUGGGGGCAAUAUCUGGUCACCAAAGGAUUAAAGAGGACACCCAGUAAAACGGACUGAGAACGGAUAGCUUCUAUUAUCAACACAUUGGAUUGAAUCCGAACCGCUGCCCAAACAUGCAGAGACAUUAAUGGGAAUUUUGACUCUCUUCCGAAAUGCAAAACUCGGAAGCCAACAGAAAUCAACCACUGUAAAGGCAAAUGGAAGAGCAGGCGAACAGUACAAGCAACCAAAUUUUAGAAGGGGGGAAUUAAUGGAGAAACUAAAACCUUAUGAGCUCAGUGUCCUCGGAGGAAAUCGCGUAGUCAAUGGUCCAAAGCCUAAAGUAAACGGCAGUUCCCAAAAGCAUUGCCACUAUCAAACCGACCAGUAUCCUUUUCCUCUCGCCGGCCAUUCUUCUAGUUUCAACUGGGUCUCUCCCCGUCAAAGGAUUUCUGUCUUCUCUCUCACCAAAAAGGGGAUUUCUUGGUUUGUCUCCUCUCCGGCGGAGAAGAACCCAUCUGAAACAAAAGGGGGAGCUUGCUAUUACUAUAUUUGUUUGCGUUAGGAGGAGGACUGGUAGCGAUUAGCAAACCAGGAAAAGAUGCCCACUCGGAGGUUGUCGUCGGGCUCGGGGCGGGUUUGAUUGCAGAUUGGAUUGGACUCGGUGGCGGUGGGUGCGGGCUGCGGCCGUUUCUAAUUCUUGGCCCUUCCUCGAUCACAUGGAUCCGUCGAUCUUAUCAAUUUUUUAUUGGGGCUUUACUGGCCGGGUAACCCAACUAAAUUAUUCUCCUUUUCCAUUAUUAAUCAGAACGGUCCCACAAUUUGGGCACCAUUAAUUAUUAUUUGUUGUUGGAAUAUUUGUUGACAACCAGUGAUGGCAAUAGGGCGGGCGGGCCGGGUACCUCAAUUCUCAUGUUAUUAUGGAGCGGGGCGGGUAAAACCCGCGCGGGUACGGGCGGGUCGACCCACUCUUACAUGUUAUUCGAAAAAAAUACAAAUAACUUUUACUUUUUACGAUAAAACGAAGGGAAAAACACUUUAAGAAUGAAAAAUAGUGAUAAUAGAAUGAGUAAUUGAGUCUAACAAGUUGAAAGAGCGACUCUAACUAGUUGAAGAAAAGUCAAAAUAGGAGAAAUAUGUAUAGAAAUUGUAAGAAAUUGAGAUAAAAAUGAGUCUAUAAUGGGGCGGGGCAAGGCGGGUCGGAAGUAGAUACCCAUGCCAUGCCCCGCCCCAUCGCGGGCCAGGUCGGGUAAUACCCGCGGGGCGGGUUGAAAUUGCCAUCACUAUUGACAACCAUACCCAUCGUCUAUGGAAAGGACUACAGUGAUAAUCAAGGUUAAAAAAGAUGUUAGGCAGGUGUUGGGAUUCUAUCUAAUGUUUAGCACGUCUAAGUGGUAUUUAAGCAGUGCCUAACCAUUUUAAGUGAACAUAGUGUAAGGUAUUUUCAACCGUAUAUUGCAUUACAUGGUUAGUGGUAUUUAUACCCAAUUACAUAUUGGAGAUACAAGUAUAGAAAUAUGAGUGUGAUAAGGAAUAGGAGACAACUAGGUACAAGAAAUAUGAGUGUGAUAUGGACUAAGAUUUCUCCCUAUUACGCCCCCGAUGUAGGCAACAUCAACAAGACCAAUCUUGCGGCUAAGUAAACGAAACCAAUAACAGGAAGCGCUUUGGUGAGUAAAUUGGCAAGUUGAGAAGUAGUCGGUACACGAUGAACAACAAGUUGUUUAGCAUUGACAAGGUGAUGGACGAAGUGAUAAUCGAGGGACAAAUGCUUCAUGCAAGAAUGAAAUACUGGAUUAGAACUGAAGUCGACGGCACCCAAAUCAUCAUAGAAGAGAGUCGGUGUUGCGGAUAGCUUGUAAUGAAGCUCGGAUAAGAGAUUUCGCGGCCAUAUAGCGUUAUAAGUAGCCAAACCAAUCGCACGAUAUUCAACUUCUGUACUUGAUCGAGCAACCUUCCGUUGUUUCUUGGAUUUUCAUGAUAUCAAUGUAUCAAAGAUAAAUGAGGGGCCCACAUGUGGAAAUGUGAUUGUAGAAAUCCCUUGUCCAACCAGAGUUAGAGAACAAACAAAGAGCUAGAGGAGAGGCUCCAAGUCGAAUCUGGAGACUAUCACGCGUCCUAGCAAUGUAGUGAAGAAAUCGCUUAACGUGUUGUCAGUGCAAAGAUAUCGAAGCAUGCAUAUACUAAGACAACUUGUUGAUAGCAUAGGCAAUGUCCCGACGAGUAGUGACCAGAUACUAAAGAUCCCCAAGUACCUGAUGAUAUAAGGUUGCUUCAUAUGGGUUGGAGCCAUUAGAGAGAGUGAGGUGUGUCGUCGAAGCAAGAGGAGUGAGUUUUGGCUUAGCCUCGUGCAUUUGAAAGUGAGUUAGAACAUCAGUGGUGUAUUUGUUCCGGGACAAAAGAAAGCUAGUGGAGGUCGAAAUGACUUCUAUACCAAGAAAGUAGUGAACAUGUCCCAGAUGCUUAAGAGGGAACCGAUCACAGAGCUGGCUUGAAAUGUGCAAAGAAAUGCAACAUCAUUCCCAGUGAGAAGCAUAUCAUCAACAUACAUGAGGACAUAAGCAAACACAUCUCCACGAGAAGUAGACAAAGAGAGAAGCUUCGAAGCAAGUCUUGACAAAGCCAUAGGAGAGCAAAAAGGCACUAAGAGCAUCAUACAAGACAGGUGACGUGAUAAUUGUCAAAAAUAUAUUGAUUCUAUGUGUUUAAUGUUAUUAUUUCGUGAUAUGUGAGAUACAUAAUGUUUGUUUUAGAUCUAACUCACCCUUAAAUGGUUAUAAGAUCAUACCAUCAUAUGUUAGUAUUGUGAUAUAUUUUAAGCGAAAAACAAGAAGAAAAAAGUGAAAACACAAGCAAAGGGACAAAGAAGUACAUGAAGGAUUUGAAUAGGCAAAAUGAACCAGAUCACGAACCAACUCACUGAAAAGGCCGCAACAUCUAAAAAGCCCAUCACGAUUAAAUAGGGCUUGCGGCCCAUUCUACUUUCUAUAUCGGGAAUUAAAUGGACCAGAAGGGAAGAUUGGAGAGGGAGAGCCAGCGAGCAGUGCAAAUUGAAGAGAAAAGGGGAUUAGUUGGAUCGAAAUUAAUUGGAGGCUGCAGGGGAAUUUUGGAGAUUUAAUUGGACACGGGAUGAAAUUUUGAUUCGAGCAUAUUUAUAUAUGUUUUACCUUUUCUUGCCUUGAGUGUUUGACUCGGUAAUGGUGAUUCAUCGAUCUAGUUUACACUAAGUUGUGCUUCUUUUUUCACAUUUCAGAUCCUAGUACGUGUGGGAAGGUCGGAGAUGAGUUUCGUGACAAUUAGAAGUCAAAAGGAGCCAAAGAAUGGUGAAGAGGCAAAUAUCACGGGUUGUAGGUGAAGAUCACGACCUCAAGCUGUGAACAUUGCAAGAAGGGUGUUAUCUUCGCAAGGUUCCAGGAGACUUGAGCCAAUUCAGGGGCACUUAGAUCAUGGUCUCAUACUGUGAUCUUUACAUGGAGAACUUGAUCUCGGACAUGAAACGCGACACUUUGGGUCGAGAUCACGGCCUGGGUGUUGAGAUCACGAUCAUGAUAUUUGACCCGUAAUCUGGGCACUCGGGCAGUAUAAAGAGGCAGGAGGUUUGGUUUUAGGUGGGAGCUUGAUUUUUCCUUUAGGUUUCGACCCAAACCCCCAAAGAGGUGUUUCUAAAGAGAUAGGUCUAUGAGGGUUCUCGAAGCUGAUUUGGAGGUGCCAAUCACCAUUGGAGCUUGAAGAUCAUCCCCUAGAAGAAGAAGAUGGAAGAAGUUGAGCCUUGUAUCGUAAUAUAACUAAACCUCUUCUCUUAGGUUGAUGAAUCCUAGCUCUAGAUUUUGGUUUGAUGUUGUUAUAUGCGACAAAUCCUAUGUUUGAUUACUCAUAUUAUCUAUAUGAUCGAUGCUUAUUAUAAACUGCAUUAGUGUUGAUUCCAUUUCAUGACAUUUGAGGUUUGACCUAGGAGAGAGAAAAUCCCCUUUUGUCCCAUUCUUGGCAAUUAGGAUCACUACUUGAUCUAUGUCGUUCCUGGUUAAUCUUUGAGGGAGUGAAUUUGAUUGAUCUCCUAAUGAAAUAGGAUUUGGAUUAUAUCCCUCUAGGUGAAUAGAGCACCUUCAAUCCUUCACUUUGCAUCUUUGAUGCGAAAGCAAUAAGGUCCAUAGUGUCAUUUUGGGUAGUGCCAAGUAGAGUAUUCCCAAUCAUGGGGAAUUAGCGAUUAACACCCUAACUGACUUCGCCAUUGUUUGGUAUGCCACUCCGGGUAGCGUAAUUGGACUGGGUUGGAUGCACUCGAAUAAGGGGUCCAACCUAGUCUAGUAUUCUUCGCGGCAAAGAUAUCGAGUCAAGCAAUCUAGGAUAGUGAUCAACAUCGAUCCAAGUGACGGAACUAGGGGGAUUCAAGCUAAGAGAGCUCCCAACCUUGUAAUUAACUAGUAUAGUGGUUAGGUUAUAUUAGUUAGCUUAGUUUCUUAAUCACUAUUCUAUGUUGGCAAGAUAAAUAAGUCGAAUUAAGGUACAUCUAGAGACCAGUGGUUCGAUAUUUCUAUUACUUGCUUACCAUAUGCUAGACCUGGAUGUUGAUUAUACUUGGCCUUUGAUUGAGAAGUUGUAUUCAGAGCGAGUCAAGUUUAGGUCGUUACUUUAGUCGUUUUGUAUUUGUUUUGUGUUUUUUUACCCAUUCUUCGUCUUGAAGGGUGGUGGCUUAGUAUAGGCUGACAGUGCCUAUCUUGUCAGUGGUGGUGCUAGAGUUCUCUUUUUCAUGUGGUCGGGGCUUUGAGGUGGCCGUAAUUCUCAAUACCACGUAGAAAAAUAAAUAAAAUAAUAAUUACUUGAGCUAGGGAAAUAAAAUAAUUAAAGCACAUGAUAGGAGUGUUUAGGGGUUAAUGAAGGACAAUUUGGUAAUUUUUCAGUUAAUUUAACGGCACUUAACAAAUAAUUAGAUGGAAGCGUAAAUUUGUUAAGUUUUAAUAUUAGAAGAGUAUGUUCAUCCAAAAAUUUCGUAGACGGGUAUUUUUGUUAAUCUACAAAAAUAGUUAGGUACAAAAUGCUAUUAACCCAUUUUCAAUAUAUAUGUAUUUUUGCUCCACGUUUUAUUAUGAAUGAAUAAUAAAUCAGUUAUGUUAAUUUACUUAUCGUUAUUUUUAGGGGGUGAAAAUAAAGUAGUUUAUUGAAAUUCAAUCCGUGAAGCUGAUCAUGCGUAACAGCUCAAGAUCAUCAUACUAAUGGGAAGUUAGGAAGAAACAAGCAGGUAGCAGAGACGAUGGCGCAACCGCGCAAGCUGAACCUGCACGGAAAAAACACAUCUCUUUGCUGUCUUGGUUCCCAUACUAUACAUGCAAAAAUAAUACAUUUCCCUCAUUUGGGCGUGAAGGAAGGUUUAGUCUAUUUUAUGCAAUUAACCAUUCUAUAUGUUUCUUUGGUUAUAUGUAUGAUAUUUUUGCUUGUGCCAGAAAUAGUAGAGGUAAAUAGAGAUUUGAUACAUUUUUGUUAAUUCAUGAACAUGAUCUAUAUUGAAACUGGCGAGGUUUCAAUAUCUUUUUAAUCGAUACAAUAUUAUCUUUUGUAAAAAAAAUGAUAUUCUUGAACUCCAAAUUCGUAAGCAUUUCGAUAUUUGUCCUCGAGAGUGAAACACUAUUUUAUGAACAUUGUGCGAGUGUUUAAUAUUUGUAAGCAUAUUGAUUUUAUUCUCGAGAGAUAAAGAUCAAAAUUAUAAUCCCAUUUUGGUGUUGUGACGACUUUUCAAUCAUAGUACAAAGUUGAACCACUAACGACAAAUAGUAAGAAAAACUGUUAGGCUGAUCAGUGGUACAUAUCCGAAACAAAUUUGUUGACUUCUAUGAAUUCCAUAAUAGCACGUUAAAUCAUAAAAAAGAUAAUAAAUAAACAAUUACGGGAGCUUCUAAUAAGGUGCUAGCUGCUGUAAAUGCGACGAAAAGGCAAAGGUGUCGACUCUCGACAGCGGAGCAGCGCGUAGAUAAGAUGAUCAGGAGUAGGGGCUAGAAGUGUUCAUGGAAUGGCUGAAUGCUGAUUUGGAUUUGGUAUUUUAAUCACCGAUCUAUAUACUAUAAUUUUGAAAAUAAUAAAUCCAAAUUCAUCAAAAAAUUAGAACUUUAUAAUUGAAUUGGGUUUUGGUGAAUUGUAUAUUAAAGUAAUAACCCAACACAAAAAUAUGUUAUAUUUCUGUAAUUAUACAAAAAAACAACAACAUGAUUGCUUGUAUUAAGUCUUUAUCAAAAUUUUCAGUUGAAGAAUGUAUCAAGUUAUUAAGACAACGAAAGAAAUUGAUGACAAAAUAUCUUAAAUUUCUCAUAAAUAUGCUUGUUUAUGACAAAGAUACGUUUUGGGUAUGAACACUUAGGUAUCGUUUGCUUGUGAGAUUUGAGUGAUGUAUUUGGUACCCGAAUCUCAAGCAUUAUAUAUUUGCCAAAAUAACAUUUUUUGUUGAGGUAUAUAAAUCCGUGGAACCCACGUAUUUGCAAAUACCAUUUUUCAUUUGGUAUUUGGUCAUGGAAGGCAAGGUUUUGUGAGCCAUGGUGCAAAAACCUUUAAAUCCAUGAUCAAAAUGAACUAAACAAACAAUGUUAUCUUUCAAAUACAAAAUGCAACAAAUC